AUGGUGGAUAAUUUUGCCUUCAGCAUCAACAAAGUUAAGAGUGAAGUACAAAUUCCAGGGCUGGGGGUGGAUGAUGAUGAACGCUUUAAGAACACGCACUCCGGGAUUAAAGGGCUGCCCGGCACCCAGGCGUGUUCCCCGCAGCGCUGCAGGGCGGAGGGACUGCGGGAGAGCACCGAGCCCGGCGGGUCGGCCUGCGGGGGCGGCUCCCGCCGGCGAGCCAGCAGCGAGGCCGUGCCGUGCCCUGCGCCGUGUGCCGUGCUGUGUGCCGAGCCGUGCCGUGCCCCGCACGCCGGGCGGGCAGCACAGAGGCACCGCAGCCUCCGCCGCGCACCGGCGGCCGCUCCCGGGGGCGGGCGGCGCCGAUCCCGCCCCCCGCCCGCGGCAGCCGCCGGCAGCCCCCGGCACCGCCAGCGCGGCGGGCGACGCAGGCAGGCGGCCGGGCCCUCCCUCCGUCCCCCGCCCUCCCCGCCGGGCCCCGCCGCAGCCCGCGGGCGCGGCCAGGAGGCGGCGGGGUCGCGGCUGCCGCGGCUCCCCGCGGGCCGGCCCGGCGCUCCCCGCCUUUCCGCGGCUCUCUCCGUCCCCCUCCGGCGAGAUGUUAUGGCCGAGCCGGCGCAGACGGGCGGCGUAGGGCAGGGCGGGCGGCGGGAGGAUGAGGCGGCGGUGGCGGCGCCGCCGGCGGCCGCCGCCGCCCCCAGCUCGGAGGACUACGAGUGCAAGAUCUGCUACAACUACUUCGACCUGGAGCGGCGGGCGCCCAAGCUGCUGGAGUGCCUGCACACCUUCUGCCAGGAGUGCCUGAGCCAGCUGCACCUGCGCGCCGCGCAGCACCCGCCCGCCGCCGGCGCCGAGCCGGGCCCGGGGCGCUCGCCCGGCGGCUCCCUGGCCUGCCCGCUCUGCCGCCACCGCACGGCGCUGCCCGACCACCGCGUCCACGGCCUCCCGGUCAACACCAAGCUGGCCGCCGCCUGCCCGCCGCAGCUGCGGGCCCGCGACCCGGUGCCGCAGGACCGCCUGCCGCCGCUGCCGCCCCGCCGCCCGCCCCGCGCCCGGGAGGCGGCGGCCGCGCUCGCCCCGCCGCCCCCCGCCCCCGCCGGGCCGCGCUCCUCGGGCGGCGGCUACGAGAGCUGCCAGAGCUGCAAGCGGGCGGCGCUGAGCGCCGGCUGCGUGUGCGUCGUCGUCUCCUUCCUCUCCAUGGUGGUGCUGCUCUUCACCGGCCUCAUCUUCGUCAACCAGUACGGCGGGGACGCCGCGCCCGGCGCCGCGGCAUCACCCUCGCCGGUGGGGCCCAUCUGCCUGUCGGUCGCCAGCAUCCUCGCCCUCUUCUCCGUGGUCGUCACAUGGCUCAUCUGCUGGCUCAAGUACCGGCCCGAGGCGGGCACCGGCGGGGCCACGGCCAACGGCUCGGCGCGGGGCCGGGCCGCCCGCAGGAGCGACACGUAAC